GCUGCUACCUGAUAGCCUACUUCCUUCCGCUCUGCAUCUAAACCCGCAGCUCGGCUGUCACAUGGAAGUUAUUUGAAUGGAAAAGCAGUAAGAUAGUUACUGGUUUGAUGAGAGAGAAGCAUGCUCUGCGGUACCGGAAGGAUGUUAGAGGACAUGUGGGACGGUACCGGCUGGGAGGGUAGGAUUAGGGGAUUUCUAUUAAUAGUGGAUUUCAAUCAAUAGUGGAUUUCAACCAAUAGUGGAUUUCUAUCAAAAGGUAAUAUCUAUCUAAAGGCGAUAUCUAGGAAUAGGUGACCUCGACUCGUAGGUUCCAGGGUUUCCCCACAGCCCCCAGGACGGAGACGGACCCCAGCAGCAGCAGAUCCCCUGCAGCAAGGAUCCACUGACGGACUUGAAUUAACGCAAUAAGCAGUCAGGUCCUCAGUCUGUUGGCGCUGGUGGAUGCUGCGGUUCUUUUGUCUCAACAUCGCAACAUCGCAUCUGCCCAAUGAAGGACACAGACUGCAAACUGAGAGCGCAACACUCUUGAUUAGCCGGGGGGUCGUCAUCGCGAUCUGCCCCGAGUCGAGACCAGCUGCACAUCUUGGACCGACUUCCUAUUGGGACGCGAAUGAGCAACCAGGCAAAGCGACACCAAUAAGGCUUAGCGUGCUGCUGUUCGCUCCAUCACAGAUCGGGUCCAGCGGUUGUGAUCGAUCCAGCGGUUCUGUGAGCAGCAGUUGUGUGAGCAGAAGCUGCAGCAGCAGAGCAAUGGAGACGGAGAAGCUCGAGCAGCAGGUCGCGAGCGUGGAGCGGGGCAUGGCCUUAUUGAAGCGGGAGCACCUGGCCAUGCUCGCCGGACUACAGAUUGAGAUCAGCCGCCUAAAGAGGCGAUGCAGCGAACUCAACUGUGAGUUGGACGCUCGGUUUCCAGCUGCAGAGGAGUGUGUGCUGGUCUCGCGGUGCCAGGCGUCGGAGCGGCUCCUGGAGCAGCAGGCGUGCGCGGGGGCCAGCGUGCGCGCCGCCCUGCGGGCGCGGCAGGCGCGGGCCUGGGCCCUGGGCCGCGCCCUGCGGAGCGACCAGCGCCGCUUCCUCGAGGAGCUGAAGCGCCGCAGCCACCGGAUCACGGCGCUGGGCCGCGAGCUGCAGCGGCAGACCCUCACCUCCACCGCCCUGGGACAGCAGCUGUGCUCAGGGGGAGCCCGGCCGGAGGGCCCGGCCCGGAGGGAAGUACCGGACGAGAUCGAGCGGGAGGAGGAAUGGGAGUGUGACGAGGACGAGGAGGACGAGGACGAAGAGGACGACGGCGGGGAGGGCUCCGACGCGCUCCGGCCGCCGGCCCGUCCCGACCAAUCGGACGAGCUGUGCGCGAGGCACGUGCGCGUGCGGGAGCAGAGGGUCCGCGCGUGCGUGCCGUGCGAGAGGGUGACCUCCCCGCAGAAGCCGCAGCCCAUGCCCGACCCCGCCCUCUUCCUGGUGCCGCUCCGGUACCGGCUCCUGCGCUGGCGGCGGGCGCUGAGGGCGCGGAGCGACCCGCGGGGUCUCCAGGAGGAGUGGGAGGACCUGGGGACACGGGGUCGGUUCCUAUUGGUCCACUCGGGACCUAUGUUGCAGGGGCGUCACUAUUUCGUGGUGCUGUUGGAAAACCCCUGCAUCCUGCUGGAGCUCUGCAGUGCUGCCAUGACAACCAACAGCAGCUCCGGGGCACGCUGUAACGCAUACCAAGUGAAGCCAGACUGCUUUCUGCAGCCCGGUGGCACGCGGUGA